AUGUCUGUUAAAAGAGAUGAAUUUGAAAAUAAAUCAUUGACAACUUUCCCGAACCAUGCAUCCACUUUUACUUAUAAAGACCUAAAACUUUUGGAGAAUCCAAUUGUAGCAUAUCAACUGCCUUUAGCAGUUGUGGCUCAUGUUGAUUUGAAUGCUUUUUUUGCUCAAGUAGAGCAAGUGAGAUUAAACCUAACUGCAGACGAUCCUGUUGUUUGUGCUCAAUGGCAGUCUUUGAUUGCGGUAUCGUAUGCUGCCAGAAAAUUUGGAAUUGGUAGAAUGGAUACAAUUCAAUCUGCGAGACAGAAAUGCCCAAAUAUCAUAAUAGCCCAUGCAGCAGUCUUUAAAAAAGGUGAUUCUUACUGGUCCUAUAUUAGAGGAUUACCUGACCGGUCUGUUCAUAAGGUACUGUUGGAUCCAUAUAGAAGGGAAAGUAGAAAAAUUAUGAAUAUCUUCAGGGAAUACUGUGAUUUAGUUGAAAAGGCAAGUGUCGAUGAAUGCUUUUUAGAUUUUGGAAGAAUGAUUUACUAUACCUUACUUCAAUUAUUUCCAGAUCUAGGUGAUGAAGUAGAAAAUAUUAAUAGUAAUUUACCAAGUAUUCCUUCAACAUUGCCUGAUUCUUUAUAUUGGGUAGGGGAAAUUAUCAAAUCAGAAGAUGAAGUACCAAGAAACAGCGAUAAUGAUCAAGAUCUCAAGGCUAAUGAUCCAAGAAUUAGAGAUUGGGAUGAUGUAUGCAUGUUAAUCGGAUCACAAUUACUAUACGAAGUUCGUCAACAGGUUUUCGAGGAAUUGGGUUACACCACUUCGGGCGGUCUAGGUAAGAAUAAGAUUAUAGCUAAAAUAGCAGGGGGUUUUUUAAAGCCAGACAAUCAAACAAUUAUUAGAACCUGUCUGAUGAAUAAUUUUUUAAAGAACUUCCAGUUAAUUGAUUUUAACGGAAUGGGGGGUAAAACAGGUGAUGUGAUAAUGCAACGUCUUGAAGUACCUCCUGAUGUCAAUUCCAUUUCAUUUAUUCGUAAUAAUUUUUCUUUGGAGGAUAUUCAAAAAGAAUUUGCGAAUGAUCCUCCUUUAGCUCAGAAAACAUAUCAAAUGGUUAGAGGGAACUAUCGCCAAGAAUUAUCAUUAAGAACUGAAAUUAAAUCGAUGAUGUCAAGAAAGAACUUUUUAUCUAAAAAUCCUGUUAAUAAUAUACAUGAUGCUUAUGAUUGGAUCAAGGUUUUCGCAGGUGACUUAUAUGGCCGGUUGAUUGAGUUGGACGAUGAAAGUUUAAACCUCCUGAUGCUGCAAGAGUCCCGUCGAGGCAAGGGCUAUAUAAGAAGACCUAAAACCAUAAGUAUCCAGAUUUCCUCUACUUCUUAUGUGAAACAUUCUAAACAAAUGCAAUUAACGAUAGUACGAUCAUUGGAAAAAUUAAAAGAAAAUAUGGAAGUUACGGGACUCAGAUUACUUAUGGAUAUACUUGAUAAUUCUACAAAUGUCCAUAAAUUAAAUAAUGGAAUAAGUUUGAAGGAAUUAGAUAAGAAGAUAGAUAAGGAUUACUCAAAGAUUAAUAUAAUACCCCUUGCUAAUAUGUCUUUAGUGAUCUCAAAUUUUGUCAAAAAUACGGAUUCAAGUCUAAUCGAUUCGUACACAGAUAAUAAGUCGGAUAUUUCUACUCAAGAGAAUAUAAGAAGGAUGUUUGACGAGGUAAAUCAGGAAACCAGAAUCAAAAGAGAAAAACUAGAAGAUGUUACUCCCAAGCCGGAAGCUUCUAAAAGUAAAUCCAGAUCGAUUUCCAAAGAGGAAGUGGAAUACGUUAAUAAACUAUUCACGGAUUUCAAUUCAGAACAAACAUUAGCAUCAAAUACGAGGAAUCCCUCAAAGAGUACCCGGGGGCCAAGAGAUUUGAAGACUAAUAAUAGUCAAGAAGACAAGAAAUAUAUCAGGUCGUUGUUUGAUAAGUUCGAGAGUGACUCAAAUGUCAUGAAUGUUCCAUCGAAGUCACAACCAGAACGGAAAGAGGAAAAGAAGUAUAAUAUUCUAAAGGACUUGAAAGCGAAGUCCUCCAGUCAUUCGGUUAAAUCAAGUAAGGCAGUGGCCAAUGACCAAACAUUCUUUGAUGAUUUGGUUAGUAACAAUUACUGUUCUCAUUGCAAUCUUGAAGUUAAGGAUGUUUUUGAGCAUCGGGAUUUUCAUGUUGCACUUGAACUCUCACUGAAGAUCAAUGGUCGUGAGAUCACUCCUGAAACUACAAAUAAACGAUCAGGUUCACCAUAUUCAGAGAGAGAACCCAAAAGUAGCAAAGUAGAUAAAGGACAGUCUAAGCUACCUUUUUAA